AUGUCCAAGGUCAGCGUUGCGACGGUCCGCUCCAAUGUCGAGCACAUCCUUAAGGGAUCUCAAGAGAAGAGACGCCAUUUUACGGAGACUGUCGAGCUUCAAAUUGGUUUGAAGAACUACGACCCCCAGCGUGAUAAGCGUUUCUCUGGUACCAUCAAGUUGCCCAAUGUUCCCCGCCCUAACAUGGCUCUCUGCAUUCUUGGUGAUGCCCACGAUUUGGACCGUGCUAAGCAUGGCGGUGUUGAUGCUAUGUCCGUCGACGACUUGAAGAAGCUUAACAAGAACAAGAAGCUUGUUAAGAAGUUGGCUAAGAAGUACGAUGCUUUCGUUGCUUCCGAAGUCCUCAUCAAGCAAAUUCCCCGUUUGUUAGGUCCCGGUCUCUCCAAGGCUGGUAAGUUCCCUACCCCUGUCUCUCACAACGAUGAUCUCUACGGUAAGAUCAUCGAAGUUAAGUCUACCAUCAAGUUCCAAUUGAAGAAGGUUCUUUGUCUUGGUGUUGCCGUUGGUCACAUUGAGAUGUCUCAAGACCAAUUGAUCUCUAACAUCAUGCUUGCCGUUAACUUCUUGGUCUCUUUACUUAAGAAGGGCUGGCAAAACAUUGGUUCCUUGGUCAUCAAGUCUACCAUGGGUAAGCCUUUCAGACUCUACUAA